AUUAACUUAGGUUCGAAACUAAUUUAUUGUAUUUACUUGAAAGCUAAGCUACUUUUUCGCAUUGAGGGUGUGCGUGCUGUCUUUUUCGGGGCCGAUUUCAUAACAAUAUCGAAAGACGAGGAUGCAGAUUGGGCUGUUGUUAAACCGGAAGUGUUUGCAGUAAUAAUGGAUUUUUUCGCCAGCGGCCUACCCAUACUUAACGAAACGAAACCUAACUCGGACACUCAAAUUGAAGAUGACGAUGAUGAUGUUGUCAUGAUGAUAAAAGAGCUACUUGAUAGCCGGAUAAGACCAACCGUACAGGAGGAUGGCGGUGAUAUUAUUUACAUGGGUUAUGAAGACGGAGUAGUUAAAUUAAAGAUGCAAGGAUCCUGCUCCUCCUGUCCUAGUUCCAUUGUUACGCUUAAAAAUGGCGUGCAAAACAUGUUACAAUUCUAUAUACCUGAAGUGGUGUCAGUUGAACAAGUUUUUGAUCAAGUCGAUAAAAUUACAGAAAAGGAAUUUGACAAAUUUGAAUCCCAAAUGAAAUUAAAGGAAACAUCACCAACAAAUGAACCGAGCGUUUAAAUUACACAAAUAUACAUUACAAUUUGUUAAAUAUAGUAUGUAAUGCAUGUACAUAUGUAUAUAUGUAUGUAGGAAAAUGCUCAUGUACAAUGGUCGUUGAAGUUAUAAAUUAAAAUAAAGGUAAAAGUAACUUGCAA